AUGGCGGCGGAGUCUGGUCGCCUUUCGCAGAAUCUGCAGUGCGCCGUGCUUAGCUUAAGCAAUGGCGCCAACGCCUCCGCCUGCUGCAUCUUUCCUCGCAACUCGCACCAAGUUGCGGCAACGAUUCAACUGCUCAACGAGCUCGAGGUGUGCUUCCAGGUCACCACCGCCAACGGCCCUUCGAACGAGCACGAAAGCAUCGGCCGCACCACAGCAUCUAUCUGCCUGGAGAACAUCAACGACAUCACGCCCUAUCUCUCCAUCGGAGCAGUCUGGCUAGGUGUUGGUGCUUUGUACGGUGCUGUAUACCCAGCGCUUGAACGCUACGGCUGGCUCGUACCAGGCAGCAGGUCAGCAACGACGUCUGUGGGAGCACAUAUCCUCAGCGGAGGCUUCAGCUGGUUCGCGAAUGAGCUUGGCUGGACCUGUGACCAGAUUCAAGAGGCAGAGAUUGUGACUCCAGCAGGACGGAGCCACCGUGAGCUUUUCCGAGCCAUCAAAGGAUCAUGUGGUUCUCUCGGCAUCAUCACAAAGGUCAAGUUCGGUCUCAAGCCGGCGGCGCGCAUACACUUUGACACCUUCUGCUAUGACGUCGAGGCCGCGCCUGCAGUAUUCGGAGCGUUGCAAAAGAUCACAGACAUCACUAGAGCGCCGCAUGCACAGGGUUAUGUGACCGCGACAUGGACGCAGGGCUUGCAUGAAUGGAUGGUCAUUACACAUCUCAGUGACACUCGAGGCAUGAUUGCCUUUGCAGAGCUGGACGCAUUUACAACCAUACCUCCGGCAACAGCGGCAUCUCGUGAUACCAAAGCGAGUGUGGCAGCUAUCGCUAACGAUAAUGAGGCUCCCCAAGGAUUGCGGCACUGCCAGUGCACACUCACGUGCCAGAUGAGCGCCGACAUCAUGUCCAGUCUCUUUGACAUAGCGAAAGAUUGGGUCAGCAACACGGAGAUGGACGUCAGAAGCGUGUUCAAGAUCUUGUUCCAGCCACUCACCGCCUCCCACAUCUCGCAUGGAAAGAACUCGAACGCCUUCGAGCUGGACGAAAGGGAUGGGCCUCUACUCGUCAUUCGUGCAGAGCUAUGGUGGUUUGGCGAGGGAGAAGACGACUACUUCGAGGAGAGUCUGGUAGACCUUAUAACUUUGUGGACGUUCCAGCUAGGCACCAUUGCGGCGAGGCAUGAGUUUGUCUAUCCAAACUAUGCUGGGAGGCAUCAGAAUCCUUGUGAUAGCAGGAGCGAGGAGGCGAAGGCGAGGAUGGAGCCUGUUAGGGCGAGGUAUGAUCCGGAUAAGGUGUGGGAGCGUCUUGUGGUGGGAGGGCGGCAUGUUUAA